AUGGCCAGGGAGGACUCGGUGAAGUGCCUGCGCUGCCUGCUCUACGCCCUCAAUCUGCUCUUUUGGUUGAUGUCCAUCAGUGUGUUGGGUGUUUCUGCUUGGAUGAGGGAUUACCUGAAUAAUGUCCUCACUUUAACUGCAGAAACAAGAGUGGAGGAGGCUGUCAUUUUGACUUAUUUUCCUGUGGUCCAUCCAGUCAUGAUUGCAGUCUGCUGUUUCCUUAUCAUUGUGGGGAUGUUGGGGUACUGUGGAACAGUGAAAAGAAGCCUCUUGCUUCUUGUAUGGUAUUUUGGAAGUUUGCUUGUGAUAUUCUGUGUUGAACUGGCCUGCGGUGUUUGGACCUAUGAGCAGGAAAUUACGGUCCCAGUACAAUGGUCAGAUAUGGUCACUUUAAAAGCCAGGAUGACCAACUAUGGCUUACCUAGAUACCAGUGGCUUACUCAUGCUUGGAAUUUCUUUCAGAGGGAGUUUAAGUGCUGUGGAGUGGUGUACUUCACUGAUUGGCUGGAAAUGACAGAGAUGGACUGGCCUCCUGACUCCUGUUGUGUUAGAGAGUUCCCGGGAUGCUCCAAGCAGGCACAUCACGAGGACCUUAGUGAUCUUUAUCAAGAGGGUUGUGGUAAAAAAAUGUACACUUUCUUGAGAGGAACAAAACAAUUGCAAGUGCUGCGAUUUCUAGGAAUCUCUAUCGGAGUUACACAGAUUCUGGCUAUGAUCCUCACUAUUACUUUGCUGUGGGCUCUAUAUUAUGACAGAAGGGAUCCUGGGACAGAUCAAAUGAUGUCCUUGAAGAAUGACACCUCACAACACCUGUCAUGUCAUUCGGUAGAGCUGCUGAAACCCAGCCUGACAAGGAUCUUGGAACAUACCUCCAUGGCAAACAGCUUUAACACACACUUUGAAAUGGAGGAAUUGUAG